AUGCAGGCCGCAGGCCAGGGCACAGGGGGCGCGGCGGGCGAUGCUGAUGGCCCAGGGGGCCCUGGCGUUCCUGGUGGCCCAGGGGGCUAUGCUGGCGGCCCAGGCGAGGCGGGCGCUGUGGGCGACGGAGGUCCCCAGGGUGCAGGGGCAGCAAGGGCCUCAGGGCCGGGAGGAGGCGCCCCACGGGUGCCGCGUGGCAGUGCUGCUUCUGCACAGAAUGGAAGCUGCCAGUGCGGGGCCAGGGGGGCGGAAAGACGCCUGGUUCAGUUGUAUCUCACGAUCCCUUUCUCAUCGCCCAUGGAAGCGGAGCUGGUCCGCAGGAUCCUGUCCCCGGAUGCCACACCGCUCCCCCGACCAGGGGCGGUUCUGAAGGACUUCACCGUGUCCGGCAACCUACUGUUUAUCCGACUGACUGCUGCAGACCACCGCCAACUCCAGCUCUCCAUCAGCUCCUGUCUCCAGCAGCUUUCCCUGUUGAUGUGGAUCGUGCAGUGCUUUCUGCCUGUGUUUUUGGCUCUGCUUCACUCAGGACAGAGGCGCUAAGCCCAGCCUGGUGCCCCUUCCUAGGUCGUGCCUCCUCCCCUAGGGGAUGGUCCCUGCACGAGUGGCCACUUCAUUGUGGGGGCCUGAUUGUUUGUCGCUGGAGGAGGCCGGCUUACAUGUUUGUUUCUGUAGGAAAUAAAAGUGAGCUAC